GCAUUUAACAGACGCUUUUAUAAAAAAAACUCGUAUUAGUAAAUUUGUUCCUUGGGAAUCAAACCCACAACAUUUACACUCCAAAUGCAACACAAUUGAGCUACAGUCAGUUCUGGUUUGUGUGCAUGAAAGCUAAAGAUAAAAUGCAAACUAUAAGAUCUUGGAUGUGAAGGUGUUAGGAGAUCAUAACGUGUAAAACACGUCGUUAAAAGUUUGACACUGAUGCUUAUCUCGAUCUCGCGCUGCAUGAAUAAAGUGCGCGGCUCCUUUAAGAGAUUAGCUGUGGAGAAAUUGAGCCAUGUGAACAGAGUCGGUCAAUGACGGGAACUCACUUUCCUUUUCAUAUCCUUCACUGUUUCACCGCCAGCACAUCUCUUCAAAGUCAGUAGUAUGAGUUUAAUAAUAACAGAACAGUGUUUUUGAUUACAAUCGUAUAGAUUAAAUGUGAUUUUUUUUAUGUCUAGUAACUAUCUAGUAACAAUAUGGUAAUGUUAAACUUGAAAUCCUAGUGAUGUUGAAUCCGUUUUUUUUCUAAAUGCACCUCAAUAUCACAGACUAAGAUUAGUGUUGGUAAAUGCGCUGUGACAGUAGACAUCAGCACACAGGAAUUUAUCAGCGGUGUAUUUUCGGAUCAGCGUCACUCUCUGACCGCGCGAGUCUACCGGCGGAUUUUAAAGCCCCUUUGAGACUCACUCAUUUACACCGGACUUGAAGAUGCUUCAAAACGGAAAGUCUCAAGCGGACAGCCCUGACGCGUCCGAGUCCAAACCCGAAGAGCCACGCGAGGAAACAGACACGAGCGAAAGCGCGGCGGCUCGCGCACAGAAUGAACCGGCGGACAGCGAGCCCACGCGCUUACCCGUCCAUCCCAAACUGGAAAUCAAGCGCCAUGCCGUGACUGAAGACUACAAAAUUUCCAGUCAAGUGUUGGGUCUGGGAGUCAACGGGAAAGUUGUAGAGUGUUAUAAUAAGAAAACAGGACAGAAGUGCGCACUGAAGAUUCUGUACGAAUGCCCAAAAGCUCAGAGAGAAGUCGAGCUGCACUGGAGAGUUUCUGCAGGGCCACACAUUGUUCGCAUCAUCAGUCUUUACGAAAACAUGUAUCGUGGGAAAAAGUGUCUUCUCAUCAUUAUGGAAUGUAUGGAGGGAGGAGAGCUGUUCAGCCGAAUCCAGGCCAGAGGUGACCAGGCCUUCACUGAGAGAGAGGCCUCUGAGAUCAUGAGAGACAUUGGCACAGCCAUCCAGUUCCUGCACAACAUGAACAUUGCUCACAGAGACAUCAAGCCGGAGAACCUGUUGUACAACAGUAAAGACAACGCCGCGGUUCUGAAACUAACAGAUUUUGGCUUUGCUAAAGAAACAUCACUUCAAAACUCCUUACAGACGCCCUGCUACACACCUUAUUAUGUAGCCCCUGAGGUUUUAGGACCUGAGAAAUACGACAAAUCGUGUGAUAUGUGGUCCCUGGGCGUAAUAAUGUACAUCCUAUUGUGCGGCUUUCCACCAUUUUACUCCAACACAGGACAAGCCAUUUCGCCGGGUAUGAAGCGACGUAUCCGAAUGGGCCAAUAUGAGUUUCCCAACCCAGAAUGGGCUGAAGUGUCCGAAGAAGCCAAACAGUUGAUUAACCAACUGUUGAAGACCGAUCCCAAUGAAAGAAUGACCAUUAAUCAGUUCAUGAAUCACCCUUGGAUCAAUCAAUCAAUGGUGGUCCCCCAAACACCCCUCCACACCACACGAGUGCUGGCAGAAGACAGUGAGAUGUGGGACGAGGUCAAGGAAGAGUUGACUAGUGCUUUGGCCACCAUGCGUGUAGAUUACGAGCAGGUGAAGAUUAAAGACUUAGAUGCCUCCAGUAAUCCCUUACUGAACAAGAGACGCAAGAAAGCGGCUACAGGUGUGAAGAGCGGAGGAACUGGCUGCAGUAGCCAAUGAGAAACGGUUCAGUGACAUGAAUGGGAGGUAAUGAACAGUUGAAAGGAAGAUAAGAUGGAACCAGGCAUUGGGAAUAGAUGAGCUGUCCAAUGAACAAGAGAUGAUGGAUGGAUGGAUCGAUGGAGAAGACAAUAACAGGAGAUGCAUAAUUUAUUAAACAAGAAAAACUGAAGGAAUUGGAAGAGAAAAUGCAGGAGGAAGAGGAAUUUUCGUACUUCUAACACCAGCAGUAAAAAACUGAAAACUUUUUCAGCGUUGUGUGUGUAUGUGAGUGUACGUUAAUGUUAUAUUCUCUCUUUAUACUGUAUGUGAUUGUGUAGUCAUCUAUUAUUUGACACACACCUCUGCGUAACUAUAUGUGUAUUUGUAUAAAAUGUCUCUUUUGUCCUCAAAGUCUUUUAGCUCAACUGCAGCAUUCCCAUCAUGCAUUUUUAGGAAUAAAACUUUUCAGUGCAA